AUGGCUGACCAAUCUGUCGAGGACAAGAACCUGGAGCUCGCGGCGCUGCGCAAGAAGCGCACGUUCCGCAAAUUUAGCUACCGUGGCGUCGACCUCGACAAGCUGCUGGACUUGAACCAUGAAGAGCUCAUGGAUCUCGUGAACGCCCGUGCCCGUCGUCGCUUCUCGCGCGGUCUCAAGCGCAAGCCAAUGGCUCUGAUCAAGCGGCUGCGCAAGGCCAAGGCGGCUGCCAAGCCCAUGGAGCGCCCGGAGGGUAUCAAGACGCACCUGCGUAACAUGAUUAUCGUGCCUGAGAUGAUUGGCUCGGUGGUCGGUGUGUACAAUGGCAAGGAGUUCAACGGCAUUGAAAUCAAGCCCGAGAUGAUCGGCCACUACCUGGGUGAGUUUGCCAUUUCGUACAAGCCAGUGACCCACGGUCGCCCCGGUAUUGGCGCUACGAACUCGUCGCGUUUCAUUCCGCUCAAGUAG